GACUCGUAUCUCAAGCUUCCAACAACAUCAGAGGAAUGGCAAGAUGUUGCUUCUGGAUUCCAUAACUUAUGGAAUUCUCCCUUGUGUCUCUGGCAAACGGGUACUCGUAAGGAAACCUGCAAAUUCUGGCUCAGAGUAUUAUGACUACAAGACGAACCACAGCAUCAUAAUACUAGCCUUAGUGGAUGCCAAUUACAAGUUUUUAUAUGUAGAUGUUGGAGCAAAGGGCCGUGCAAGUGAUGCUGGUGUAUGGGAUAAAUGUACCCUCCGUGAAUGCAUAGAGAGACAGCAGUUGCAAAUCCCUCCAUCUGAAAAUUUGCCCUUCACAAAUACAAAGGCUCCAUAUGUUAUAGUAGGUGAUGAUGCCUUUCCACUCAAGACCUAUUUAAUGAAGCCAUAUCCUGGAAGAAUCAUCACCAAAGAACAAACGAUUUUUAAUUACAAAUUGUCACGAGCCAGAAGAGUCUCUGAAAAUGCAUUUGGCAUUCUUGCCUCAAAGUUUAGAGUACUUAUGCAGCCAAUUGCAUCUAAACCAGAUAAUAUAAAAGACAUCAUUUUUGCAACAUUUGUUCUUCAUAAUUUCUUGCGUGUGAAAAGUGGAAAGCCUGUUAGACCUGAAAUGCUUGUGAGGGAAGACACAGAAAAUGGUGUCCUCAUUCAGGGCGAAUAG